AUGGAGAAGCCAAGGGAUUUGAAGAUGUAUCCUUCUAUGGGUUCUUUUGGAGGCAUCAAAAUGAUGAUGCAAGUUGAAGGAAAAGAAAGAGGUGAAGUAGGAAUGAAGACGGUGGAGGUUGGUUCAAGGUCUUCAGUCUUCACCAGAAUUGUCUUCUGCCCAAAAGAAACGGUGGACGAUUUUCGCGUCUCUUCUUUAGUUUUUCCAUGGAUCCCAAAUUACUUUCCAUUGAUAACCAUUUUCAAUGAUUUCCAAACGGAGCCUCAUCAAAUCUUCACUUCAUUGGGGAAGAAAAAUCGAUCAUCUCCAUCACCUUCAGCACCUGAAGUCAUGGAAAGCAAAGGGUUUUCUCUAAUGAACGAUGAUCUUCUUCAGAAAAUACUUUCGAGGCUACCCGCCAACUCCUUCGCUUCCGCUUCUGGCGUUUCCAAGGCCUGGAACGCCGCUUGCACUCGCAUUCUCUCUCGCCCUAAGCUCUCCUCCGCCAUCUCCCUCAACCCUUCGCCUCAUGUUGCUAUACAAGAGGUUUUUGACAAGGUUAUGUCACAACCAAUUCGACCCCAUUUUGCUAUUGCCAGUGUUGGUCCUGGAUUUGACCUCAAAUAUGUUCUCCAAUUCAUGGUAGAGAAAUUGGGAACAAGAACUCCUAUUAUUUUAUCUUCUGUUAGCGGAAUCAUUGGUCGAGAUGCCCUUACUCAUGAAUUUAGAGAGGUCAAGUGGACUUAUGGUAAUAUUGAUGAUGAAGUUUCUACAAAUACUGGCAUGGUAUUGACCGUUGGAUAUGUUCCAGGACUUAAAGUUGAUGCUAUCCCUCUUCUAGGACAGAAAAAGGCACCUCUAGGGUCAAAUAUCGACAAUUUUGUGAUGGAUAUUAAGAGUUACACGUACUCUGUAGCGGGUUGCACACCACCCCUUGCUAUUAUAAUGAUUGGAGAUGAAGAUGUUGACCAGAAACCUAUCAUUGAAAAGUUAGAUUUUGCCAUGCCUAUGGAGACAAUCAUUGUGGGUGAUGAGAGAGGUCAAUUUGUGUAUAGAAGUGGUAAUGAGUCAAGAAACAUCAGCAAUAAACUGAAACUUUCUCCUGAUGCUGUUGCUCUUGUAUUUGCCAAAGAUAGAUACAAAGCCCAUGGUGUAGGGGAUAUUGAAUUUCAUUUUGCAUUGUCAAAUGGUGUCUCAGCAGUUGGACCAAGGCUUAAGGCAGCUUCUGUUAGAGUAAAAGAUUCUGAAAGUGUUACUUGUCUCACUGCCAGGGGAGGACAGCAGGAGAUUCUUGAUGGUCAACAUUUGCUGGAUUAUAUCAAUAAUGAGAUGGAAAAUCAUAUGGAAUGCGAUGAUCUUUUCAUUGGGGUUACUAGACAAAGGAACUGUUCUGUUGGCUCAGAUAAGCCUAGGUUGAUGACGUCCUUGGCACUCCACGGAGUUGUAGGAGGAGAUGAGCAGUACCUUUAUGUUGAUGGUGUUGGUAUCAGAAAAGGUGACUCUUUCCAGUUUUACCGUUCGGAUCCCAAAGCCGCAUUACCUUCAUGCAGAGAUGUCUCCUCAACCCUUAGAAAUUUGAAGUUGGGUUGGGAUUCUAAAGGCAGUCUCGGCACAAGGGCUGUUGUUAAUCCCGUUGAUAAGAGGGAAGUUUUUGGAGGCUUUAUCUUUUCUUGCUGUGGCCGUGGGGAGUCAUUCUUUGGGCACCUUAACGUUGACAGCUCCCCAUUCUUGGACAACUUUCCUGGAGUUCCCCUGGCAGGAAUAUUUUGCUGUGGGGAAAUUGGGCGUGGCUAUACAAGCUUAACUUCGCAUGGAGGCGAAGAAGAAGGCUCUGCUCAUUGCCUUCUACAUGUCUAUAGCACUGUUUAUCUGGUGAUGUCCUAUAAUCCGAGCAUUAGAUCUUACCCUAUGGGAAUGUUCGGUCUCUGAGAUGAAUGACUCUAAAAGUAACCUGCUGUUGGUGCUGUUCAAGUGUUUUCAUUCCGGGAAGGCUGCAUUCUCGUGAAUUUCAAGAAUUAACAAUAGCAUAACAAAACCAACAAACUCGUACUUUUAUUUAGACCCGACAAUUCGAAUAUUUGCAUAUCUGUAUCGUAUUUAUUUAAAUUUAAUAAUUUAAUAAUUUAUAUCAUGAUAAAUUUGUUCAUGUUGGGUUGUAUUAAA